CAAGAGAGUAAAUAUCGAGCAGAAAAACGCACGGAACACAGAGAGAGAGAGCAAAAGAAACGAAACCCUAGCAAUGGCCGCGAUGUCCAUAGCCAGAACUGCAAUCUUCAACCUCGCGAGAGCGUUCCCUCAGUCUCCAUCCUUAGCCUCUCUCGGGUCCUCUCGCAAGCCCUCCAGGAUCUCCUUCAGUUCUCAUGCUUCCAAGUACUCCGAUGAGGUUGAUGAGAACCGCGACCCGCCGAGAGACUCGAGGGCCGACAUGGCGUACCGGUCCAAGGAGUCUAUGAACGAGACCGAUGAACCGCUCCCUGAGGAGGCAGAUAAAGCCAUGAAAGAGGCAAAGGAGAAAGCUGAGCAGAUGAAGGAGAAGACCAAGGAGUCGGCGCAAGCCAUGAAGGACAAGAACAAGGGGACCGCGGAGUCGGUGGCUGAGAGCGCCAAGGAGACCGCGCACAGCGCCAAGGAGAAGACCAAGUCCGCUGCGGAGAUGGCCGCCGAGAAGGCAAGGGAGACGGCUCGGAGCGCCAAGGAGAAGGCCCAGAGCGCCAAGGAGAAGGCCAAGGAGUACACGCACGAGACCAAGGAGAAGACAGAGGACGCUGCAGAGAAGGCCGCAGAGAAGGCAAGGGAAGGGAAGGAGAAGGUGAAGGAGACGGCAAGGGAAGGGAAGGAGAAGGUGAAGGAGACGGCAUGGGAAGCGGCGGAUAGGACAGAAGGCGCGGCAGAGACUGUGAUGGAGAAGGCGAAGCAAGGGGGCGCGAAGGCGGCGGAGGUGGUGCAGAACAUAGGGGAGAAGGCGAAGGAGACGGCGCAGGGGGCGUGGGGUAAAGCGAAGGAGACGACCCAGAAGAUCAAGGACACGGUCGUCGGGACCUCCUCGGACGACGAGGACGACGACUUCAAGAGAGGGACGAAGGUGGACGAGGGUGUUAUCAGAGUGAGGAAGGUCGGAGAUAACGAUGAUAAGAAGAAGUAUUAAGGAAGUGGUAACCCUAAUCCUCCUGUAUUAUGAGAUGAUGAAUUCGACCUUCUGUUGUUUUUGGAGAGACAUAAGAUGAACCUCUUGGGGUGAGUGAAUAAGUGUCGACCCAUCAUCCAUUUUCCAACUUGGUAAAUUAUGUUUAAGAGUGUGCUUUUGUCAUUACUAUCUGUUUUGGAGAAAAUGAAAUUCGAUACUU